AUGUCACUGACUUGGAGUUUGAAGGCCUUUAGCCUGGGGGUAGUGGCCUUUUCCCUCAGUCUGGAGCUGCUUUGUUGGCUCUUUGGUCGCCUCAAACACAGAGGAACCCUUAACAAGGUCCUCAUCUUCCCCUCAGAGGUGGCCUGCGUGGAGUACUUGUUCAGACCAAAUUCAGUGGGCUUGUGUUUCUGUGGGCUGCCACAUGGUGUAGAGACAUCUUUUUCUCAUCUCCUCCGCUACAUCCUCUCUGCCUCUUCCUCGCUGGACUUGUGUCUUUUUUCUUUUUCCAACAUCGACUUGAAGAGAGCUGUAAUACUACUCCAUGAAAAGGGUGUGACUAUCCGGGUUGUUGUUGACAAGGACUAUUCUGCCAUCACUGGUUCACAAAUAGGGUGUCUACGCAAAGCUGGCAUCCGCGUGCGUUGUGAAGCGGACUAUGUGCACAUGCACCACAAGUUUGCGGUGGUGGACAGCCGGCUACUCAUCACCGGCUCCCUCAACUGGACACUCACAGCUGUGCAGUGCAACAGGGAGAACGUCAUCAUUACGGAGGAGGCAGAGCUGGUGCAGCCCUUCAUCAAGGAGUUUGAACGUUUAUGGGUGCUCAAUGAUCCAGCCCGAGUCUAUAACAACCUGUAAUGGAUGGAAAAGAUUUACCACGAAGAUCACUCGGCCUGUGCAAGUUUAGCUGGUGUUAAGAGGCUGCGUUUACUUUAAGUUUAAGUGGACUAGGAAUACUAGAAUGCCUCUCAAAGGAAUGAGGCUUGUUUAAUCAUUCAGCUAUUUUUCAGUCUGCUUUAGUAUUUCUUUUAUGACAAAAUGCUUUUUAAGUGAUAAGUUAGAUUGCAGAUUGUGUUAAAGUUUUAUCAGUUUUUUUAGUGGUAUAUCAAGGGAAUUUCUCUUGUUUC